CAAUCAGAGUCGUCGCCACGAUUCCCGGUAACAAAAGCUGCAUACACCCGCAGGAACUCGGAUUCUCCCCGUCUAUGGGGUGUGAGUCAUGGAGUUCAGAACCCUGUUCUUGCUGCUUUUGGGGCCUCUAACCCUGACCCAAACCUGGGCGAGGUCCCACUCCCUGCGUUAUUUCCACACCUCCGUGUUCCAAGCUGGCCGCGAAGAGGCUUUUUACACCUCGGUGGGCUAUGUGGACGACACGCUGUUCCUGCGUUUCGACAGCGACGCCCUGAAUCCGAGGGUGGAGCCGCGCGCGCAGUGGAUGGAGUAUGAGACACCAGCGUUUUGGGAAGCGCAAACCAAGAUCGCCGAGGCCCACCAGCAGAAGUUGCGCUGGAACCUGCGCUCCACCCUCCGCUACCUCAACCAGAGCGAGGACGGCUCUCACACCUUCCAGUGGAUUUCUGGCUGUGACCUUGGGCCAGAUGGAAGCCUCCUUCGUGGAUAUGAGGAGUUUGCCUAUGAUGGUGCGGAUUACAUCUCCCUGAAUGAGGACCUGCGCUCUUGGACCACGUGGGACAAGGCUGCUCAGAUCACCCAGCGCAAAUGGGAGGAUUCAGGAGAUGCAGAGCACUACAGGGCCUACCUGCAGGAGGAGUGCCUGGAGUGGCUCCGCAGAUUUCUGGAGAAAGGGAAGGACAAGUUGCUGCACACAGAGUCUCCAAAGACACAUGUGACCUAUCACUUCAGUCCUGAAGGAGUUGUCACCCUGAGGUGCUGGGCCUUGGGCUUCUACCCUAAGGAGAUCACCCUGACCUGGCAGAGGGAUGGAGAGGACCAGAUUCAGAACAUGGAGCUUGUGGAAACCAGGCCUGCAGGGGAUGGAACCUUUCAGAAGUGGGCAGCUGUGGUGGUGCCUGCUGGGGAAGAGCAGAGAUACACAUGCCAUGUGCAACAUGAGGGGCUGCCUGAGCCCCGCACUGUGAGAUGGGAGUCACCUGCUCUGUCCAUCAUCCCUGUCAUGGGAAUUGUUGCUGGCCUGGUUCUCUUUGUAGUUGUGGUCACUGGAGCUGCGGUGGCUGUUAUGUGGUCGUGGCGGAAUGCAGGCAAUGACAGUGCCCAUCACUCCAAUACUUUUCUAGCCCCAUAAAGCAGAGACAGCUGCCUUGUGUGGGACUGAGCAACACAAGAUUUGUUCAAGCAUUUGUGACUAGAAGAACUCUGGAGUCCCUUUCUGUCAUGGGUUAUUAAGCCAUCCACAUUCCUAUUGGCAUAAUGUGCAGAAGUGAGACCAGUGCACAGGACCCCUGUCCUGCACCAUCCCUUGCCCACUCACCUUUCCUGUUCUAGCAGAGGUGAUGCUGGGAUGACUCCAUCCCUCUCUCAACAUCACUGUGCACUGAGCCACAACUUCUUACUUCCAUCCUGAAUAUAAGAAUCAGAAUAUAAAUAUUUUUCAAAAUCUUGA